GAGAAAGUUUUUUCUUAAAAAUUUAAAAAAUGUUUAUGUUAUAAUGCUAUAAAUUAUGUUAAAUUUGUUAUUAAGUAUACAUAUUAUUGUGUGGGUUAAGUUUUCAUCUGUGGGUGGUUGUCUAUGUUUCAUGUAUCUAUAUACAUAUCUGUCAAAAUUGUUACCGUUAACCUCAAAAAAUAUCUCGCUCAAAACAAGAAGUCAGUGUUUAAAAGUGAAGAACUGUGAAAUUAUUAACAUGAACUUUUUGGAGACAUUGAAUAAGUCCGACUCGACACUUAUUUUGUCGGAUAAAACGGAUUCCUCGGAAUUAGACAAAGCGUUGCAACUUGGUAGUUCAUGGAAAUUGUGUAGUCAUUCUGAAAUCAGUGGAGUAACAAAUGACUCAUAUCAAGUUAUUUUAUCUCUCCUACCAGAAACUCUUUACAAUGAAGAAUUGCUAACAAAAUUACUUUCUAUUUUAAAACCAAACGGAAAGUUCAUAUGUUCUAACAUCUCAGAUAAGGAUAAAAUUGAUUUUUUAUUAAAAACCAAUGGAUUUGUAAAUGUAACUAAAGAGGGGUCCGAUGUAACCUCGCUGAAACCAAAAUAUGAAAUUGGGUCUUCAGCUAAGUUAAAUAUUAAAAAACCAGCAGCUACUGUUUGGAAACUUGAUAAUAAUGAUGAUGAAGAUGUAGAAACAAUUGAUCCUGAUAAUUUGUUGGAUGAGGAGGAUUUGAAGAAACCAGACCCUUCAUCUCUUAAAGUAUGUGGCACCACUGGAAAACGUAAAGCUUGUAAGGAUUGUUCUUGUGGACUAGCAGAGGAAUUGGAACAAGAAGCUAGAGAAGGGAAAGUGGUGGACACAACUAAUGCUCCUAAGUCGUCUUGUGGAAGUUGUUACUUAGGCGACGCAUUCCGUUGUGCCAGUUGCCCUUACUUGGGAAUGCCAGCUUUUAAACCUGGUGAAAAAAUCCAGUUGGCAGGAAAUCAACUACAACCAGAUAUUUUGUAAAUAUUUUUAUUAAUUUCCUUAUUUUUGUGUAGAUUAAAUCAUUCCUCCUUGAAA